AUGGCUCAGUCAGGAUCCUGCCCAAACCCAGACCUCUCAAAUGGCACCAUUGUCUACGGCCCACUAGGUAUUCGUUUAGACCUGGAGACCCACAGAGGAAGAGUGGAUGAGGACGGAGAAGAAGAUGAUGAUGAGGAGGUGGAACUGGCCGAGGAAGUAGGGGAGGAGGUUUUGAUGAUGGCUGAAGCAGAAGAGGGGCGAGCCGAAGGAGACAGCAGAGAGCAGAGCGAAAGGGAGGAAGUGAGGAUUAUCCAAGUGGCCCUGUUACCAAAUGAAGUAAUACAAGAGGGGGAGGAAGGAGGACCGGAGGAAAACAGGGAGGCAGGAGAAGAAGUGGGGGAUGAAGAGCAGAAAAUGAUAGAUGAACAGGGAGAACAAGAGUCAAAAGACACAAAGGCAAUGCCGGGUCACUUUUCAGCAUUGGUUGAGGUUGAGAAAGGUCAAGAACAGAUGUUAGACAGCAAUGAGGAAAAGGAGGAAGUGAUAGCAAGUUCGGCGAGAGACAAUGGGCUGGAAGACCACCCGAUGGUGUCCACUUCUGAUGAUGCAGAGCAGGUUCAGGACUCAGGGACUCUUGUAGAAGAGCCAGGAGAAGGUCCACCGUUGUGUUCAGACAACACACACGAAGCAGAAGUUCACACUCUACCCACCAACAGUGAGGACUCGGCAGUAGAUGUGACCCCUGUUGCCACGGCGAUAGCAGAACAAGUGGACCACCGAGAGGAGCUGUGCCAAAGCUCGACUGUCAUCAACAAUGGAAGAGCCUUUGAUACGACUGCUAUAAUCGAACUGGUGGCCAACCAGGCCAACCAAUUAACCGGUGAGAAGAAUGAUGAAACGGAAAAGGUUGAUGAGAAGGAUAACGCAGAAUCAAGCAAUCACAUCACAAGGCAACAGGAGGACCGCAUGGAAACAAAGGUUGAGGAUGAGGAAACCAACGAGUUUGUGAAAGGUGCAACAACCUCUCCUGACGAUGUUCUCGAGACAGAAGGUGGAGUAAAUGAGAAGGUAGGAACACCAGACCUUCCCUUUGAACCCUCUGAAGAGCAGCCACAGACAGAAGGAGGGAUUGAGGAAACGAGGAUGGUAGGGAUCAGCAAGAGGGAGCGAGAGGAAAAGCAAGUGCGACAGGUUGGGGUUAAUACUCUAACAAUGACGGACGGGGGAGGACACAGCACGGAAGAGGACAGGGAGACGGGCGAUAAAGUUCUUAGAGAGUCAAAGGGGGAGGAAGAGCACAGAGGAAGAGGUGAUCUCAAGAUGCAAGAAGAGGAGAUGGUUCAAGUUGAAAACCAGGCGGAGGAAGAGCUCCCAGAACCAGAGGAGGCACCUUUAGGCAAACCGCAAGAUGUGGAAUUGGACCAGGUGGAGGAAGCCUUUGAACUAGAGGAAAGGGGUGAAGCUGUACCUGAUAUCCCUGGAGGAGAGGUUCCAUCAGAGGAUUACAAGUCCACAACAGAGCAGGGAGGUGAUUUGCAAGAACGUCCUUCACAGCUCCUCAAAGAAGAAGGGACAGAUUGGGGAGAAAGAUUGAGAGAAAAGCUACGAGAGCUGGCCCUUGUUGAAGACGAGAAGGGGGGAGGAGCAGAAGAAGAAGAAGCAAUGGAGGGAGAGCUGGAGAUGGCGGAGGAGCCUGUGACCGUUUUAGAUGAUGAGAUCGAGGAGAUAGAGGACAGUCUGAGGGGAGAACCUGAAGAACAAAAGCCUGCCACCAUCACACCCCUUUCUGAACACACCACAGUGGAGACAAAGGACCCAGAUAACCAAGACCCGCGAGAAGUAAAUGUUAAAGAGAAAGAUGAGGAGCAGAGAGAUGGAACAGAAGAGGUAGAGAAGGAUGAGAAGCCAAAAGAUGAGAAGGAAGAGGUAGAGGAGGACAGUAAUGGAAGAGUUAAAGGACUGAAAGAAGUGAUGGAGAAUGGGAUCUUGUGUCCUGAGCCACAGCCUCUCAGGAUGGAAGAAUGGGGGAAGGCAAGAGUGCUAACACCCAGAAAGAAAGAUAACGACUGGAUUAAAAAAGUCCACCCGGAGGAAGAGAGCGCCCCGGAAACGAAUCCCUGGAGGAAAGAACUGAGGCCGGUGAACAAAGAGGUCUGGGAAUCUGAGAGGGGGAGGAAAGAGAGAGAGAAAAGUCCUCCAAGGAAGGAGGACUGGAUCAAGGAGCUGAAGUCAGUCAUCAAACACGACAACCGGCCCAAAAAGAGGGAUGAGCAGGUAAAGAAAAAGAGGGUGGUGCUGCUGGAGGACAGACAUUCGUACAUCCCUCAGCGGGGGGAGGUGAUGGAGGAGAAGAGGGCGGAGGUGAAACUAGUCCCCCAUAAGAGGAUGGAGAGCCGUUUGCCCACUGGACGCGGGAGCAGCGGAACACCCCUAGACCAGGUCUACGAGAUCUCCCUGUAUGUCAAGGCGGGAAGUGAUGGGGAGAGCAUCGGUAACUGUCCAUUCUCUCAGAGACUCUUUAUGAUCCUGUGGCUUAAAGGAGUCAUCUUCAACGUCACCACCGUCGACCUCAAACGGAAGCCGGCCGACCUGCAGGACCUCGCUCCAGGAACAAACCCUCCAUUUGUGACCUUUAAUGGCGAAGUCAAGGUCGAUGUCAACAAGAUCGAGGAGUUCCUGGAGGAGAAACUGACCCCACCACGCUACCCCAGACUGGCUCCCAAACACCCCGAAGCCAACACAGCGGGCAUCGACGUGUUCGCCAAGUUCUCGGCUUACGUCAAGAACCCGAGGAAAGACGCCAACGACGCCUUAGAGAAGACCUUGCUGAAGUCUCUCCGGCGUCUCGACGACUUCCUGAGGACUCCCCUGCCGGAGGAGAUUGAUGCUGACGCCUCAGGAGACCUUCCCGAGUCCUCCAGGAGCUUCCUAGACGGGUCUGAGCUCACCCUGGCCGACUGCAACCUGCUGCCUAAACUACACAUCCUGAAGGUCGUAGCCAAGAAAUACAGAGGCUUUGAGAUCCCGGCGGAGAUGACAGGGGUGUGGAGGUAUUUAAACUGCGCCUAUCAGAGGGAGGAGUUCACCAGCACCUGCCCGGCUGAGAGGGAGAUCCACUUUGCCUAUCUGGAUGUUGCGAAACAAAUCAAAUAA